AUGAAUACAAGCCUGAGUUGGUCUGAGCAGCUCGAUGCACUUCUAAAUGCAACUGAUGGAAAUAUGGCCCGGAUUAAGCAGAGGCUGUGUCCCCUUGAAGUGUCCACUACAAGGAACCUGGCUGGAUCCUGUAUUUCCUCUCAUCGUUUUCCUUCCCAGUCAGAAACCCAACAGCAUUGGGUUCUAAAGACUCCCAUUGUCCCAAACAGACUAAGGUACGGUCGUUCCUCUCUCUGGGAUGAAGUUACUAUUCUCCGAUCUCAGAUUCAAUCUCAGGCUCAGGUGACUGAGGCUCUAAGGCGGGCUGUGCAGGGCCUCCUGGAAGAACGAGAGCAGCAGAUGUACAAGAUCAAUGUCCUGGAAGCAUCACUAAGGUUGCUGCAGGGCUCCCCAGAAGGGCGAACCCUUCUCCUGGAGCAACACCUAGAGGGGCUGAGAAGGGAACUGCAGGGCCUUCAGAGCCAGGUGCAGGAGCUAGCCCAAGCUCAAAUGAAAACAAGAGCAGGAAAGUGCAGUUCUACCAGUGGUCUUCAUCAGGAGCUGCAGACUGAGCGGCAACUUUUAUGGAAAGAGUCAGAGAUUCUGCGGGAGGAACUGAAGUUGCUGCGGGACCAGCUGAGCCAACACCAAGAGCUGCUGCUGAAACAGGUGGAAGAGGGGCGCCAGGUUCAAGCCCGCAGCUGGAAGAUGUUGGAGCAGCUGCAAAGUGUCCAGGAGGGCAAGGGUCAUACUCUGGAGGCUGCCAGGACAGAGGCCUAUCUCCAGGACAGCACCCUUUCUAACCUGGAGCUCAUCAGCAUUUGGCUCCAUGCCCAGAGUCUUGAGAAAGAGGAACUCUUCCUUGAGGACCCCAAGAUGCUCCUGAUUGACCUGUAA